CAAAUGCCCACAAGGACUAAAACAUCAAGAUUUGACUGGGAAGUGGGAACUGUUUGUAAAUGGGGUGGCUUCAAGCCCUAACAUCACUCAAUCCACGGCCAAGAUUUCUUCCCAAGAAUAUCCAUGUACCAACAACUGCGAACAUGGAACUCAACGCACCAACAAGGUAUGCAGUGGUCACCGGAGCCAACAAGGGGAUCGGCCUUGAGACAGUCCGGCAGCUUGCCAAGGCGGGCGCCACCGUGGUCUUGACAGCCAGAAACCAGGAGAGGGGAACGGAAGCCACCAGAUUGCUGCACCAAUCAGGUCUGUCCAAUGUGGUGUUCCAUCAGCUUGAUGUUCGGGAUGCCGAAAGCAUACAGUCCCUCGCAGACUUCAUCACAGCACACUUCGAGAGACUCGACAUUUUGGUAAACAAUGCUGGAGCUUCUGGGGUAGAAGUUGAUGAAGAUGGCCUAAGGGCUAAAAAUAUUGAGCCUGCAACAUGGCUAGCAGGCAAGGCAGUGAACUUGAUUCAAGAUGUCAUGAAAACAACCUAUGAAACGGCAAAAGAAUGCAUAGAUACCAAUUACUAUGGAGUCAAGAACGUAACCGAAGCACUUCUUCCGUUGCUACAGCGCUCCACCUUAGGAGCCAGAAUUGUGAAUGUUUCUUCCCUAAGGAGCGAAUUACGUCGUAUCCCCAACGAGCAGAUAAGGCAAGAACUUGGGGACAUAGACACUCUGACGGAAGAUAAAAUCGACAGAAUACUGCAAAAGUUUUUGCAUGAUUUGCAGCACGAUGCAAUUGAAGCGAACGGAUGGCAAAAGAUGCUUCCAGCUUACAGCAUCUCGAAGGCCACACUUAAUGCAUAUACCAGAGUUCUUGCAAAGAAGUAUCCCAACAUGUGUAUUAAUUGUGUGCACCCCGGAUACGUGAACACAGAUAUCAAUUGGCAUACGGGAACGAUGACGGUGGAAGAGGGAGCUGAAGGGUCUGUCAUGUUGGCUCUGUUGCCUGAGGGAGGACCUACAGGCUGCUAUUUUGACCGGACACAAGUGGCUGAGUUUUGAUUGCUCUGUUCUCAUCUGAACUUUUGAAAUGGAUCGGUGUUGUCUACAUGGUGGUUGCAUUUCUUUGUUGUAAUUCCAAGUUAAGAGAAGACUCUUUUUGCUACAAUCCUAAGUAAUAAAAGCAUUGGGGGUUUUCGUAGCA